AUGGAAGGACGGGAUUUCGCUGCUCCGGCGCACCUCCUUUCAGAGCGGGGCGCCCUGGUGCACCGAGCCGCCUCUCGGAUCGCUCCCUCGGGCCACAGCUCUGUGCAGCACGCCGGUCACUUCCCGCCGGGGAAAUACUACCCCUCACACAUACCAAUGGCUCCCCACUCAGGCAGUGGAUUGAUGGGCAAUUCCUCCGCCUCCUUCAUGGGGACCUUUCUGGCCAGUAGUCUGGGUUCCCCCCCUUCCCACCCGUCUCAUCCCUCCCGGCCGCCCUCCUCGCCCUCUUCACCCUCUUUCCGAGGCGGACCCCACUCAAGCGCCUCGCAAAUCUGGUUUCCCCAUUCGCAUGAAGCAGGUCCAGGGUAUCCUCGAUUCUCAGGGAGUCUGGCCCACACGUUCCUUCCUAUGAGCCACUUGGAUCACCAUGCCAACAGUGGAGUUCUCUAUGGGCAGCACCGUUUCUAUGACACACAAAAAGAGAACUUCUACCUUCGGGGUCUCCCAUCCCAGCCACCUCUCAUCUCAGCCAAUCACAGUCUGCCACCAAUGUCCCGGGCAGGUUCAGGACACACUCAGGGGUCCUGCAGCAGAGACAGAGAUCCAGGGGUAGGCACAGGGAUGCAUAAGGGUCUUAAAGAGGGUACUGUGGAAAGAGUAGUGGUAAAUGUCAAGGACAAGGAGAGAUCCAGUGGGAAGCAAGAGGCUAAGGAAAGACAGCAACAACAACAGCACCACAGCCACCAGCCACCCCAGCCAACACACCACCACCAUUCUCACACCCAUCAGCAGCACCCACACUAUCCUCAGCACCCACUGCCCCUGGAGGAGGUAAAUAGCCGGGCGCUGGAGAGGCAUAAGGCAUCACUCACGAUGUACAGCAAAGAGCACCCUCAAAGUAUGAGCAAGCCCCUCAGUGCUUGCUUGCACAAUGGCAAGAUGCAAAAUGGAGAUACAGUAACUGGAGCAGGGGCUAAGGUCUCAAUGUCCAGCUGUGGUGGGGAGGACACAACCCUUCGGGCUAUGGGCGGUGCAGGGAGCAGCCAGAACAGACAUCUGGCGACUAGUGGCAGUAGCCGCUGCACCAAAGAGGGGGUAAGUGGGGAAAUGAGGAUCAGUGAACAACCUUCAGACUGUUUGGAAAGGGGUCAGGCACCACUUCACCACACUCUGCCCUACUCCGUACCCCCACCCUUACACAUGGGUUCUGCUACUGGAGGAGCCCAUUCACAUCCUCAUGCUCACCCCCAUACUCAUCCUCACCCAGGGGGCUUCCACUGUCUUCAGCUCCACCCCAGCCACGCACAUCAUUCCCACCACACACACCACCAUCCAGACUUUUUCUGCCCACCACCACCUGCUCCUUUAGCCAACCCUGCCUCACACGAGAGGGGGCCAGUCAAUGUGGGGCGAGAACCUAAAGUCAUCGGGCCUACAUUUGUGCCAUCUGUGGCAGACAUGGGUGAUAAAUCUAAUGGGCCAUUCCAGCUUAAUAACCCUGACUGCCAGGGUGUGGGUAGUGGAGGAGGAGGCAGCAAUGCCAAGGACAAGACAAUAGAAAAAAAUGGUGGAAGUGGGCACCACAACAAUUGGCACAGAAAACAGCCACAGCAGCAACAGCAGCACCCAUACAGAAAGACAGAGAAGGCUCCAGACUGGAUGCAAUCCCACCAUCAACACCUUCAGCCCUCACAGCUUCCUCCCCAACAACAACAACAGCCACCACAUUCUCAACAGCAGCACCAAGUUGUGCGAUCACGGAGUGCUGAGUGUAUCAACAGUGGUGUGGAAAUGGAUGUGUUCAGAUCCUCGCUGCCCCAGGGGCCAAAGGCAGGGCACUCGGUUCCUCAUUCUGUAAACACUUCUCCUUACAGAGACUGUUCCCAUCCAGGACCCCCGCCCAACUCUUCCCCGCUUGGAAGUAAAAACAUGGGGCAGCACAGUGGAACUGGAGCAGCCCAUGGUCCUGGAGGUAGCUGCUCCUUACAGAGAGAUGGCCAAAAGGUAGCCAGGAUUCGCCACCAGCAGCAUGGUCGACCUGGCCCAGAUGCCCCCUCUGAGUUGAACCAGGGGAAUAGUCAGGAGCUUAAAAGAAAGCUGGACAUGUCUCCUUAUGGUUAUAGCAACAGCAAUGGGCAGCACCACCACCAGCAGCCUCCAGUGCCACCCUGGAACAUGAGGCCUCCCCAUCACAUGUCACAACCUGAGGAGGACCAGAGGAAGUCAUAUAUGGAGUUAGGGAGCACUGGUGGGCAACACUCUCAACAGCAGCAACAGCAACAGCCGGGAAUAAGCCUUCCUCCUCCACAGCCCCCUACUGCACCUCCCCUCAGCCAGCAACAGCAACAGCCACAGCAGCAACCUGAUCCCCAGGGUCCAACUCAGGGAGAGAGCAGUGCCAUGAAAAGCUUACUAAAGUACAGCAACCAGCAACAGCCACUGCUUGUCUCUCAAAAGAAUCCAUUUGGGGGGUUAGGAAAUCUCAAAUCAGGUCCAUCUGGGGGGAGCUGUGCCUUGCAGGGCAACAAACAAACUCUGCCUUCCAGAAAGGGGACAGCCAAUGACAGUGAGCGCCCUGAUUAUAAUGGGCGGAGCCGGGACAUGGGGGAUACAGGUCAUGGGGAAAGUGAGGUGCGGCAGCCGCCAGUGGGAAUAGCUGUGGCGGUGGCCAGACAGAGGGAACCACCAUGUCGUUCAGCUGAAAAUCAUCCCAACAGCCGACAGGGCAGGGUACAUCCGUCUGUGAAAGGGCAGCCCCGCUCCAUGUAUCUGUCAGAUCCCAGCACCGAGGAAGAGAGGAAGAGACUGAGUGAGGAACAAAUAGGUCUCACUUGCUUGGACAGAGAGAGGGAUGCAUAUAUCAGGGAUAACAAAGAGAGGGUGGAAUUUGCAAGGAUCCACCCUUCCAGCAGCUGUCACGGAGACCUUACCUCUCAUCUCAUGGUCCCAGGCGGGACGUCCCUCCAGUCUGGCCAGUUAGGAGAUCCUGCUGCACAUUCUACUCACCAUCAUUGGAUGCCAAGAACUGGAAGUCCAUCCCUCUGGAUGACAGGACAUUCUUAUGCAGGUAUAGGUCAUACAACCCUACACCAGAAUCUGCCCCCAGGUUUCUCUGCAGCCAUGCCAGGCCCUCUGCAGCCAGUCCUGCCUCUGCCUCAAGAUCCCUCUGCCCAGCUGGUGGUCCUGCCCUCUGAGCCCCCCACCCAUCCUGCGACCCAUCACCUGGAUGUGAUGGAGCAGCCAGGGCUGUGGCCCCCUGUGUACGGCGCCCGGGGCCCACCCUCCCACAUGCAACAUCCUGCUGUGUACUCCCGAUCCCAGUUUCUACGGCAACAGGAGCUGUACGCUCUCCAGCAGCAUCAACAGCUUCAGCAUCAGCACCAGAGUCACCAGUCACAACCAUCACAACUGCAGUCCCAACCUCAGCAGCAGCAGCAGCAGCAGCAACAACAGCAGCACAGAGCUGCACAUAGCAUGAACAUGCAGCAUCAAACCGUUCACAAUACACAGAUACAGAAGAGAGCAGAUGAACCCUCAGUUGAACUGGAGGAACUCAUUUCAGAACCAAGAACAUCUAAACCUGCCAAAGCCUACUCUUACAACCCACCACAGAGGAACACCUCACCCCCUGGGACCUGCACCGCUCACCUGUCCCCUUGUUGUCAGUCCCCUUCACUGCGGCAGCAUCCCAAAAGCACUCCUUCAACACCCUGCCCCGCUCCUAGCCCUGUUGCAGCAGUACCUCAUUCACCUGCCAUUAGUCCUGCCCCACCUCAGAUGCUAAAGGGUACUGAAUCCCAGGACAAGACAGGAGAGGGACAGCCCCCACAUGACUACCCAGAGUCUCUGGAGCCUGACUUGCCUCCUGGAUACACAUACCCUACUAUUGCCAUGGACUACAGGAGUGGACCGUCCCCUCAGGAUGUUCAGCUGGCUGAGCCAGCUGACCUGGAAGCAGUCCAAGUGGAGCCUGCUGAGCAUGCUCCCCAGUCUCUGGCCACCCUAGGGGAGGACUUAGAUUGUCAAGUGGUCGUCAGACCCCUCCCAGAGCCACUCCCACUCAAAGAAAUGGAACAUGAAGAGGAGAAAAGAGAGGUUGAUGGAGUUUUGGAACAGAGGGAUGAGGUGGAAAUAACGGCAGUGACAGAAGCUAACUAUGUCCACACAGAGGAGGAGCAAGCAGGGGAGCAGGGACAAACUACAGAAGAGGUGCUAGUUUGUCCACCAGUUGAGAGUACUGUGUGUGAGGCUCCUUCUUGCCCAGUCUCCAUUUCAACAGAAGAACCUGAUAGGCAAGACACUGUCAUUACCUUGGAAGAAGAGGAGGAUGAUGAGGUGACGGGUGGGGAGAUUCAUGUGGAGUAUGCUCAGAAGGUCAGCAUGCCUGGAGAGCAAGAGCCAGAGCUGCCCGCCAUCAUCGAGCUUGAUCCCACUUCUCCUGAGUCACAGUCCCCACCUAAUGAAGGUGCAGAGGACAGAGAGCAACAGCACGAGAGCAAGAUGACCCCUAAUAACGCCUCAGUGGAUUCUGUGUGUCUUUCCCCUGCCUCAGCUUCUGCCCCCAGCCCAAGUGAGGCAUCUUUUUCUGUGCCCCACAAACCUCUUGUGCCCUGUUACUGGAGUCUGGAGCUGCUGAUUGCUGCUGCUUUCUGCACAGAUGUACCCCCAUUUCCCUUGUUCUCAUUUAGCAUGCCAUCAGUUGCCCCAUCACAGUGCAACCCAUACCAGGGUAUCGAGCUUCUGAGUGAACUAGCAGAUCUGGAGCUGCAGCAGCAAAAGCGCACUUGUGGAAAAAGCCAGGAGGAGGAAUUACUCAUGUUUGACCUCCAAAGCCUUGCUACCCUGGCCACAGCCCGUGCACUGGAGCUGGGCUCAGAGGAAAGCAGCAGUGUGAGUUCAGAGCGACAAUUCCCAGCCCGCAGGAUCCUCAAUUUACGUAGGAAAUGCACCUGGACACCUCGCAAUGAACCAGUGUGCCCAGCCAAAGUCAGCAUGGAAACAAUGGAUGGUCCUGAGCUUGCAAUGCGUGUGAAGUUGGCUGAGCUACAACGGCGCUAUAAAGAGAAGCAAAAGGAGCUUGCCAAACUCCAGAGGAAGCAUGAUCAUCAGAAGGAAGAAACACCUCGCAGCCCAGCACGGCGAGGACCGGGGCGGCCGAGGAAGCGGAAACCCACCCUCACCACAGGUCCAGUGUCCUCAUCUGAGGGCCAAAGAAAAGUCAAGUCGAUGGGGGGGUGCUUGCCUGAGGACCUUGGAGGGGGUGGAGACAACCAGCGAAGGAAGAAGAGGCUGUCCAGUCGAGGCUUUGAGCGACUCAGCAGCACACAGCAGGUGAAAGCACAGGGCUGCAGAAAAAGCAGUCUACACAGCGUGCUCAACUCCAAGCUGUCUGGAGAUGUGGCUCAGCUCAAACAAAAGGCCCAGGUUAAAAAGACUCUCUCAGGGACAGGCUCGAGGGACAAAGAAAUUUCACUCUGCAACUCCAACCUUAAGCACGGACACAGAAGCCAGGGCACAAGCAAAGCAGACUCCAGGCGAGAUUCUGGGGGACAAAGUGAUACAGCAGCCAGUGGGGACAGUGUCCACCAAGAGAGCUGGACUGGACUGGUGCGCUGUGGACGGAAAAGGGGAUUGACCACGCUGAGCCAGCCCAGGACAAAGGUUCACCGUGGCCAAAGACACGAAGCAAUGGAGGAGGAAGAGAGCUCACCUGCAGAGAGUGACUCCUCUGAUCAAGAAGAUGAAGAAGAGGAAGGCAGUUGUGAUACUGAUGAAAUUCAAGAUUACAGAGCCCAACCCUUUAGAGAUAUCACACUGAGCUCCUCCAUGAUUGGUCCUAGUCCAUCAUCUGUUGUAAAACUGGAGGCAAACCAGAAAGCCCGGAACAAAAAACAGAGACAGGAGCUUUAUGGAUCACACAGUCUGUCUGGUGCAGAGGGGGAAGUCAAAGUCAGGAAGAAACCCAACUGUAGGUUGGGCAUGGUUACAGCAGUUAAAAAUCACCAAGACCACCAAGAUCGACAGACCGAAGUAGCUAGAAAGACAUGUGGGCCCAGGUCUAAGGAACCUCGGUGGGGCAGUCUUGGGACCAGAGGCAACCGCUACAGGAGGAGCAUGGGGCUAGCUACCUUCCCCACCACCAGUGAGAGGCUAAAGCGGGCAACCCGCAAGAGCACCAUGUUGAGAGGAGCAAUCAAUAAGAGGAGAAGUUGCUGGCCAAUCGGGGCCUCGUCUCUGCAGAGUGAGGAGGGAAGCAGGGGACAAAGGAGCAAAGACCAACAGCCAAAGGGACGAGCAGUGAGUCGUCUGUUGGAGAGCUUUGCUGCUGAUGAGGGCUUUCAGAUGGAUGGCAGCAGCUUCUCAGAAGAAGAGGAGCACAGCAGCCAUUCACACAAAAACCUUGAAGUUCCUAACUGUGUCCUGACCAAAGAACUGUUAACGGAUGGCCUGAAGGUGCUGAUUUCCAAGGAGGAUGAGCUUUUAUACGCUGCCAGGGUCCACACUCUGGAGCUCCCAGACAUCUUUAGUGUUGUUGUUGAUGGUGAAAGAGGAAACCGCCCGAGAAUCUAUUCAUUGGAGCAACUGCUACAGGAAGCUGUCCUGGAUAUACGUCCAGAGUCGGAGGCUGUGCUCAAUGAAGGAACCAGAGUGUGCGCUUACUGGAGUGAACGCUCCCGCUGCUUAUACCCAGGCUAUGUCCGCAGAGGUGGUUCAUCUGAUGAGGGAAAGCAAGGCGGAGUGAUGGUAGAGUUUGAUGAUGGAGAUCGAGGCAAGAUUUCACUCCCCAACAUCCGCCUCCUGCCUCCUGGAUACCAAAUUCACUGCGGGGAGUCAUCUCCUGCACUGUUGGUUCCCAGUGGCUCAACAGCGAAGAGAACUUCCAGUCUGGAGCAGGCCCCUAUCAGUGAGAGACCUUCAGACAGACUGAGCACUAUCAACACUGUAACCACCACGCAAAGUCUGACUGUUAUUAAGAGAAGACCAGGGAGGCCAAAGGGCUCUGGGAAAAAACAAAAGCAACAGCAAAUUGAGAAUGCGAAUAAAAGUCCUUCACCUUUCUUGGGUUGGAGCUCAUUGGCUAACACCAGAAAGAGAACGUCGGAUAAUCUAUUUCAGUUCAACGGGGCACCCAAGAGGACCUUGAAAGGAAAGGAGGAUGACCUGUUCUCUUUGACUCACACCCAGCCACAGGCUUCCAUCCCAACCAAAGGCCUUUUCAGCAGCAGCUCCUUUGAGGUGGAUUCCUUUAGAAGCAUUGCAAAUGGUUACUCCUCAUUCUGUACCCAGUCUACGGGUCCAGGUUCAGGUUUAUCUUUGGGUUCCAGAAGUGGGCUGUAUGGUGAAAAGCGCAAGCAAGAUGAACUGGUUAUGCCAAGGGGCAAAAAGUCUGGACAAGAGUUCCUCAUUAAGUUAGAUCAUGAAGGAGUGACGUCCCCCAAGACAAAGAACAGCAAGGCUCUGCUGUUGCGAGGGGGAUCUUCCAGUGUGAGUGGUCUGCCCAGGACAGAAGCAUAUUCUCAUCCAGUCCUGCUGGUUAAAGACAACAAAAAGGGAGCCUCCAGGGUAGAACUUCUCUUGAAAGGGACCACACCUCAAAGAAAGCCCUCCCCUUCUCUGCGUUUGGGGGAAUAUGGUGACUUGGGCUUCAGCUCUCACAGAGAAUGUCACAGCUCCUACUCUGAUCUGGAUGAUGAAGAGGAAGAAGAAGAGGAAGAGAGGAGGAGGGCUGCACUGGCUGCAGCCUCAGGAGGACUAAGGACAGCUGGUCGCUUCCUUUCCCGUCUUUCUGUCUCCUCCUCUUCCUCUGGUUCUUCAAGCUCCUCCUCUUCAGGCUCUCUUUCAAGUUCCAGCUUGUGUUCAUCUGAAAAUGAUUCCUCCUACAGCUCAGAGGAUGAGGAUAGUUCAACACUGAUGCUGCAGAGUUGUCUAUCCUCCCACCGGGGGCUCCUACAACCAUCAGAACCCUCGACAUCUUCAAGGCCUCGCCAGCACGCCUUUGUGGCCAAAGCUAUGGCUGUUUCCAAUGCCAAAGGUGCCCCCUCUAACCAGGUCUCCAACAGCAAGUCCUUGAAGAGGAAAGAAUGUGCAGGCUCCAUCUCUAAACCAACUAAGGAUUUUGUGAAGAAACCUAGGAUGCUUCCAGAUGAGACAACAUUUAUUCCAAGGCCCAAGAUGUCUGCAUUCCUUGCAGGAAGACAAAUGUGGAGGUGGUCAGGAAACCCUACACAGAGGCGAGGACUUAAGGGCAAAGCCAGGAAGCUUUUCUAUAAGGCCAUUGUGCGAGGCAGAGAAACAGUGAAAGUGGGAGACUGUGCUGUGUUCCUCUCAGCUGGACGCCCGAACCUCCCAUAUGUGGGUCAAAUUGAGAACUUCUGGGAAUCGUGGACUUCUAGAAUGGUAGUCAAAGUCAAAUGGUUCUACCACCCUGAAGAGACAAAGCUAGGCAAAAGGCAUCGAGACGGCAAGCAUGCCCUUUAUCAGUCGUGUCAUGAGGAUGAGAAUGAUGUCCAGACAAUCUCUCACAAGUGCCAGGUGGUGAGCAGGGAGGAGUAUGAGUGUCUGACUCACAAUCAGAAGCCGAACAGUACCUCCCCAGAUCUGUACUACCUGGCUGGGACGUACGACCCAACCACAGGUCAGUUGGUCACUGCUGAAGGUGUUUCCAUCAUAUGCUGAUCCUCCGUGGGGACACAUUACUGAAGAAUUUCUUCAGAGGAAGAAUAUAAGGUCAUGACUUCACCUAUGCGACCAUUCAGUCUUGCAGAAUGGCAAAUGCUACUUGGGUUUGCUUCAAGGACCCAUGGAGAAGAUGCCAGCAACAAAGCAGGACUGAUUGAGAUCACACACUGGAGUCUGUUGGUGUCUAACAUUUGAGAAUUGAGGGCAUGAGCAUAGCUGGUUGAUCCAGUCAUUAAGAAUAGCAGAAAGUCUGUGACUUUCUGGACAUAACAAAAUUCAGUAAGUGGCGUUUCAACCAUCUAACUGAUCUCUUUUAAAAAGAUCCUUUGACAGCUUCACAACUGCUUUUAAAAACUCAUGCUUCCAGCUCCUAUCAAAAGGAGAGCUAAGAUUGCAGUUGACUGUACAAAGUAACUUUAGGCUCAAGAGUCAUUGUGGACCAAGUCUUUAAAGGUAGCCUUACCUGAGUGAAUGGAAACAAAAGUGAGGCAUGGGGCUCGCCCUGAGCCUCUUCAUUCCAGGGAAGUUGAAAACAUGUAAAAGGAUGUAAAGUUGAUGUCUGUAAAUAUUUUGAAUUGUUCCUAAUGAAGCCAUACACUUCAGUACCUCUCACCUGUCUUAACUGUUCAGGUGUACAUUGUACAGUUCAAUUAUUGUAUUGUUGUCUGUUGUCUAUAUGUACAUAAAAGCUAUUUUAUAUAGGAGUUUAUUAUGUAUAUAUGAAAUGUACCUUUCCAUGUUUGCAAUUGAUUUAUUUUUAUAUGGGUCUAGAAAACAUUACAUUGUGGGUUUUUUUUUUUUUGUUGUUGUUUGUGUUUUUUUUUUGUUUGUUUUGUUUUUUUACUUAGGGAAGUCGAGAUUGAAGAUGUUAGUGUUGCACUGCAUAUACCCUGCUGAGAGAGACUGAAACAGAGCACAGACAAAGAAGGAUUUAGCCCACAACAGGACAAGACUCACUUUCUAAGAGAAAGGUGUCAUUCUGUUAAAAAAAAAAAAAAAAAAA